AUGUCUGAUCGAAGGAAAAACAAGGGAAAGGGCAUUUAUAGCAAUGAUCCUAAUCAGCCCCAAUCAGUUACGCAAGCAUCUCAGCAGCUACAACAACCACAGCAAGUAACAAUUCAACAAACUCAAACAGUUACAAUUCAACAUCCAAGAGUUAUUUACGGAAAACAAAUGCCUGUAUCGGUUCAGACUCAACCCAUUCCAGACCAGAAUGUUCGAAUAAUUUAUGCACAACAGCCUCCAAUGCAAGUUCAAAUGCAAGUUCAGGGAGAUCCUAAUGUUAGAACAGCAUAUGUUCUUUCUAAUCAACACAUCCCAUUAAAUGCAUUACAAGUUCAAGAAGGAACCAUGAUAAGUAGAGCAGAACAAGUUGUUUGUGAAGUAGAUCUUAGGCAAUAUCAACAAAUGCAGGCAACUCAAGCUGCCGCUCAGCAACAACAACAACAACAGCAACAGCAACAGCAGCAGCAACAACAACAACAACAAACCAAUGAUGAUCACAUAAGAACAGCAGUAAACACUCAUCAAUGCAAAGACAGAUAA